AUGUCUUCACAACUUCUGACCGACCUCCCCCUCGAAAUGUUCUUGCUUGUUGUCGAGAAUCUUGAGUGCGAGAAAGACAUCAAUGCUCUAUCGCAAGUGAACCUUGGUCUUUACGCCCUCCUCAACCCAUACCUCUACCGCAUAAAUGCCGAAAGCCAUUGUAGGCCUGCCAUUUCCUGGGGCGCUUUUUACGGCCAAGAAGCCACCGUUCGGAAAGCCCUGGAGCAGGGCGCCUCGGCAAAGUUUCCUUUGGAUAAAUGCUCACCAGCGCCAAUGACCCUUGCAGCACUCGGUGGUCAUGCACAUAUUGUCAGGCUUCUGCUUGACCAUGGAGUCGAGCCGAUGUCCUUGUGGAGAAUUGAUACCUUUGGCAGAAACUUUACCCACUUGAUCACAGUGGAGGAUUGGUGGUCUAUUAAGUUACCUGAGUUAUACCCAGCCCGAGACUGGGCCCCUUGGACAGCGGCUCUCACCAAAAACCAUGCGGAUGUGCUACAAGUCUUGAUUGAGCAUGAUGGAUUCGUGCCGCGCGACUGGGAUUUCGUCAACACCGCCAUAGAGGGUCGCUUUGAGACCCUUAAAGUUCUCGUGAGAGCCUGUCCUGAAUGGGCAGAUCUUGUUGGACCCGAGUACAACUCUGUAUUUGGAAUAGCGAUUGAUGCAUCACCGAAUAACCUCGAUAUCGCGCGCUUUCUCAUCGAUUCCGGAUCCCCAGUCAACUACAUAUGUGACAAUCAGCACACCCCGUUGGCCUACGCCGCAUAUUCCGGCAACAUUGAGACAGUUAAGCUCUUGCUGAACCGUGGCGCUGAUCCCGACCCUGAGACCCCACUGUGGCCGCUAAAAAAUGCUGCAGAACGAGGACAUGUUGAGAUUGCAGAACUGUUGUUGGAGAAGAUGAACAUCCGCGGCAAAAUUACUUAUCAUGGAGAUGACCAGUUCUGGCUACUUUACUCGGUGGCGGCCUGUGGCUUUGAGAAUAUCGUGCGAGCUUGCCUUGAUGCUGGGUGCAAUACAAAUGGUAGGCUGUACGUUCCCUAUUGUUCUUUCCACGUGGAUGAUACCUACCGAGCAUCUGACGGUGGGUAUAAUUUGACGCCGCUGGACUGGGCCCGGGGGAGAGGGCACUCUGCGAUUGUGCGUCUACUGGAGAAUAAUGCAAGCCUGCCAUGGGAGCCAUGCUCUCAUCUUUAUUUUGAAUCAAAGGAAAUUUGGCUGUAUCCAUGA